AAUCCUUAAAGGAUUUUAAAGAAACAUUGUUUAAAUAAAAUUGUUUCUUUGUUUAGAGUUAAGAGUUUUAAAGUUAUUUCGAGAAUUUUGUUUUCGUUUAAAGGAUAAUUAUUGCAGUUUUAAGCAGUAAUAAUGGGUUUCAAAUCAAAAUAUCACAUUGAUGUUGACUUUGAAGUGCCGAAAAAGAUCAAUUGGUAUUAUGCGCCCAUAUUUGGGGCAUUUUGGUUUAUAUUGUAUUUGGCAGUAGUUGUUUCACAAAUCGAUCAUUUGCCCACAGCAUUAAAUCGCAAGGAUGAGGUGCAACAUGCAGAUAAAUUUAUAGCCGAACGUGCUGAAUUAUUGUUGAUUGGCUUGUCGCGCAUCGGACCCAAAGUGGUGGGCAGUGUGGCAAAUGAAGUGACAGCAGUGGAGUUUUUAAAGAAUGAAAUUGCCAAGAUACAGCAGCAGGCUAGUGAAUAUUUUCAGUUUGAAGUUGAUGUGCAGGAAGCCACCGGUAGUUAUAUGCACUGGACCAUGAUUAAUAUGUAUCAGUCUAUACAAAAUGUGGUGGUUAAAUUGAGUGCCAAGGAUUCGACUAGCGAUAAUUACCUAUUGAUCAACAGUCAUUAUGACAGUGUACCCGGUAGUCCGGGGGCUGGUGAUGAUGGUUCUAUGGUAGCGGUAAUGUUGGAGGUCAUGAGAGUUAUAUCAAAGUCUGAGGGUCCCUUAAAACAUCCCAUAGUAUUUCUGUUUAAUGGUGCUGAAGAGAAUCCUUUACAAGCUUCUCAUGCUUUUAUAACACAACAUAAAUGGGCUGCAAACUGCAAAGCUUUAGUUAAUCUGGAUGCUGCUGGCAGUGGUGGCCGCGAAAUUUUAUUCCAAUCUGGUCCUGAAAAUCCCUGGCUUAUGAGAUAUUAUCGCAAUGUUCCUCAUCCUUUUGCCACAUCUUUGGCUGAGGAAAUGUUUCAGGCUGGUCUCAUACCUUCGGAUACAGAUUUUCGUAUAUUUCGUGAUUAUGGCAGUGUACCUGGUCUCGAUAUGGCUUACAUGUUUAAUGGCUAUGUUUAUCAUACCGAAUUCGAUCGCGUUAAUAUUGUGUCCAAAGAAUCUUUACAAAAUACUGGUGAUAAUGUUUUAGUUUUGGCCAAGGGUAUAGCAAAUGCUCCAGAAAUGGAUGAUCCUGAAAAUCCGGACAAUACCGAAGGUCAUGUCAUAUUCUAUGAUUUCAUGGGCUGGUUUAUUGUGUUUUAUACCGAAAGCACGGGUGUUAUUAUCAAUGUGGUGGUGUGUAUUAUAGCUGUAAUUGCGAUAGGCGUCUCCUUGUUUUUUAUGUCCGCCAGAUCGGGUCUAUCUUGGCCAGCUAUAUUAAAGCGUUAUGGUAUUGCAUUUGCCAUACAAAUUGUGUCUCUGUGUUUGGCUGCCGGUUUAACACUGCUAGUGGCUCUAUUUCUGGAUGGUGUUGGUCGUUCCAUGACUUGGUACUCGGCAAAUUGGCUACUUAUUGGUUUAUUUUAUUGUCCCAUGUUCUUUGGCAUGGCCAUCUUACCUGCAAUUUAUUUGGAAAAGACAAAGAAGGAUCCUCUUAGUUUGGGUUUUCGUAUUCAGUUAUUUAUGCACUCCCAUUGUUUUUGUUUGAUUGUCUUGACCAUUGUACUUACCAGCAUGGGCAUACGCUCGGCCUUUAUGUGCAUGAUGGCGGUUCUAUUCGAUAUUGCUGCUUUGAUUAUUAAUUUAAUAACCAAGUGGCAUCGCAAGGCUUAUUGGUUUGCCAUAGCUGCUAUGAUCUGCCAGAUAUUACCUUUCCUCUACUACACUUCUACAGCCCAUGCCUUGUACAUCACUUUCAUACCUAUGACGGGUCGUUCGGGUUCAGAAUCUAUGCCCGAUCUAUUUAUGGCUGGUAUAGCUGUAUUUAUGACGCUUCUAUUUGCCGGUGUUAUCAUGCCAUUAUUUUUGUUUUUCCGCAAGACUCGUACAAUCAUUUGUACAUUCCUGCUGAUAACAAUAGUGACCAUAAUUAUUGCUAUCACGCCUGCUGGAUUCCCCUAUAAAGCCAAAACAGCUGUUCAACGAUUUUCGUUGCUGCAUGCUCAACGCACUUUGCAUAAUGCCGAUGGCAGUGUACGUUUAAAUGAGGCGGGAAUUUAUGUUUAUCCUCAAGAUCGCCGUAUUGAUAGUGUAGAUGAAUACAUCAAAGAUAUUGGAGUAAAACACCAGGUUAGCGAAUAUUGUGAAGCGGACAUGUUUUGCGGCAUGCCUUUGUACAAUCACAGAUGGCAUAAAGCCAGAGAAAGCAGUUUUUGGAUACCCUUAGAUGAAUUUCCCAUACUGCCGGGCACUAAACCCAAACUUACACUAAAUUCCAUAACUGAUUUAGAAGUUGCCAGCAAAAAACGUUUUGAAUUUCAGCUGCAAGGACCAGAUCAUAUGACGAUUUUUAUAGACUUAAAAGGUCAAGCGAACUUAAUCGACUGGUCCUUCAAUGAUACUAUGAUUACAGAGAAAUGGCAAAAACCUUAUUUUAUUUACUUUUCUUAUGGCAAAGAUGGUCGUGCUUUAAUCUUUACAAUAGAUGUAGAGAAAACCAUUGAAACCUUUAAUACUCCUACUUUAGAAAUUGGCAUUGGUGGCCACUGGAUACAUCAGGAAACACAGCACACUCAAAAAUAUCAAAAACUGCUUGAUGAUUUUCCCGAUCAUGCCAGUAUUUCCGAAUGGGCGGCCUCCUAUGAAAGUUGGUUAUUCUAAAUAGUUUAGAUUUAUAAAACUUACUCGAAAACUCUUUCCUAAUCCGUAUCAUUAGUUUUUAAUUAAUUGUAUAUAAACGAUUUUAAAUAAAAUUUAAUAAAUUUUAUUAGUAUUUAGUCUAAGUAAAAUAUAUAGAAAACAGUUUUAAUUAUACGUUUAAUAAUAGAAAAUAAAUUAUUUAAAAUGAA